AUGCGUGUGACUCUCCUCCUCCCCCUGCUCGGUCUAUGCACCCUAGGCAAUGAUGAUGCAAAACAACAGCGGCGUGACAACUUCAAAGAGAUUUGCGGCCGGCCACCAAAAGAAACAAAAGACUACGGCAAUGGCUACACCGUUCGUUACUUUUGCAACAAGGCUGCUGCUCCCGAGCAUCUCACCCACCAAAUCGAUGCAGCCACACCGGAUGAGUGUGCCAUACACUGCAAAGGAAACCCCGACUGUAAAGGCGUCGUCUGGUCAUGGGCAGACGGGGUCUGCAGACCCUUUGGUUAUAACGUUGGCCCGUAUGUAACAAGGAUCGGGGCGGUGGUCCUCCAGAAGGAAUCCGACGAUAGUGCAACCGAGCAACCCCAGAAACCAGCAGGAGAUUGUUCGGCCAUCCAGGCCGAGCUUGACCAGUGCCGGCAGAACUACGAGACCUUGGACGGGCAGUUGCAGCAGUGCUCGAUGACGAUCCUUCACAAGGAACUAGAGUGCCAGGAGAAACUGGAGAACAAGCAGAAGGAGCUAGAUGAAUGCCUAGCGAAGCAAUCCUCGGGAGGCGAUUGUGCUGCCCAGCUCGAGGCGCAGGGAGAAGCGUGUGCCGCGGAGUUGGAAGAUCUCGAAGAUGCGCUGCGCAAGUGUCAGGAGGAGAAAGAACAGGAGGUUGGCGCGUGUCAGGACAAGUGCAAGGAGGAUCUUGACAAGGAGAAAGACAAGUGCAAAGACCAACUUGCCGAAAAAGACAAGGAGAUUGAAGAAUGCAAAGGGGGCACCAGUAUCUCAGACAGUGAUCUCCAGGAGAUUCUCGAGGAGAUGCAAGGCUGUCCCAGUAUGCAGGGCACCUCGCGGACCAUUCAGGGAGUUACCUACCAGCUCUACUGCAACCAGAAGCCGGCGGGGAGUGUGUACCGCAAGGAAGAGCUCUUCUGGCGGGCUUGUUUGGCUGCAUGCUCUCGCGAUAAGAAAUGUCAAGGCGUGACCUAUCUUCCUGUUGAGCGUGAGCGGUGCCAGAUGACCGACUACUACACGCCGAGCCCAGGUCCCUUGGGGACAACGUUCCUCUUUGGGGCUAUUCCUACCUCGAAGAGGUAGUCCCAUGAACAUACGAGAUUGACACAGUGGUGGUAGUUCUUUUGCCAAUUUGUUACAGCCGAACUGACAAUGCAAAUCUACUCUUGACAUACAUGAAGUUAUGAACGUCGUGUAGAUCAAUCAAGGGCAUAAACCGGCG